CCCACUUACUUACUUACUAUCUGAGUUUUACAUUUUUCACUUUUUACCUACAAACUUCUAUGCUGGGUGUCACUCCUCAAUGGGGGUCAACCUGUUGAUAACAGGCCCAGUUUUCUUUCGCUUUUUUGCACUUUUUACCUACACAUUUCUAUGCUGGGUGUCACUCCUCAAUGGGGGUCAACCUGUUGAUAACAGGCCCAGUUUCUUUUCUCUUUUUUCACUCUUUUGUACCUACAAAUUUCUAUGCUGGGUGUCACUCCUCAAUGGGGGUCAACCUGUUGAUAACAGGCCCAGUUUCUUUUCUCUUUUUUCACUCUUUUGUACCUACAAAUUUCUAUGCUGGGUGUCACUCCUCAAUGGGGGUCAACCUGUUGAUAACAGGCCCAGUUUUUUUUCGCUUUUUUCACUCUUUUGUACCUACAAAUUUCUAUGCUGGGUGUCACUCCUCAAUGGGAGUCAACCUGUUGAUAACAGGCCCAGCAUUUUCGCAUUUUAGCACUUUUGUAGUCAUAGCUAUCAGCCUGUAUAAGAAUAUAUUUAUUGCUAAUGUAAAUGAUAAAUGUUCCUUCCAAAA